AUGAUACCCCACUGGCAGUGGGGCCAGUACCUGAUACAGUACCAUGAGCUAGCUAGUAGAAGUGGUGGUAUUUGGCACUUGGGGGAGUGCUGGAGGGUGGACUCAUUGGGCAUCAUUGUCAACCAGCCCUCUGUGGCUUCUCUCGUCUAUUCAUUUGAUCGGUAUGCUGCACAGUAUGAAGCGAUGAUGUCGGUCCAGCACCCACAUCAAGAAAAAAUCGACAAGUUGCACUCAUUGGUUUAUCUUGUCUGUGCACAUGGCGUGUUCCACUUUAAUCCCACCAUGGGUUUUGACACUGCCACUAUCUCCAGCAAUGAUGACACUUUCGACCUUGACCGAUGGAGGAAGAAUUUCAAGGAUAAGCACACAAACCUGGCCAAAAAGAUGCACUUCAUGUGA